AUGAUGAACGCGGCAGAUGUCAUCCUGGACGACCUUCCCAUCUUCGAUGGUGAAGUCUCCAACACUGCCUUCUCCUCGCCUGCGAUCCCCUCGUCCUUUGACUUCAGCGGCAGCAUGUCCAGCUCCGCCUCUAACUUGGGAACUGUCUCGCCCCAGGAUCUUUUGGUCCAGGAGCCUUUCAUGUCCGCCCCCAACUCGGCCGCUCUCACUGCCUUGACCUCCCCGUCAAUCUACAAUGAGUCGCCCGACUUUGAUGGCUAUGACGUCUCUCCGAGUUUUGAGCCUGCUGAUUUUGGUAACCCAAGCGACUCUUGGUACCCCUUGUUUCCUCAGGACUCCAACGGUCCCGAGGCAAGCAACGCAGAGGACUCUCCCAACCAGGUUUCAGAUUCUGAUUCAGCUGGCCGGGCUUCUGGCAACAACAGACGCAAGCCUAGCGGCUCGCCCACCAGCGGCGGCCGCCACGCUGCGGCUGCUGGUGUCAACGCGCGCAAGCGUGAUAAGCCUUUGCCUCCUAUCAUUGUCGAAGACCCCAACGAUGUUGUCGCUAUGAAGCGAGCUCGCAAUACCCUCGCUGCUCGAAAGUCGCGUGAGCGCAAGGCUGUGCGCUUCGACGAGCUCGAGGAGAAGAUUGCUAAGCUCGAAGCUGAGCGCGACCACUGGAAGAAGAUUGCUUUGUCUCAAUCUGGUUCCCGAUAA